AUGUCUGGGGACAAGAGAAACAAACAACAGUGGGAGGGUGGGGACAGGGGAGGCCAGAUUCCACCCCACAGCAUCCGGGAGCUUACACUGAGCUGCUUCAGUGUCCUGAUGAAAGUGCCUCCCCCAGCUCUCUGCAGUGUGAGCUUCUCGGACCCCGAAGGGUACAUCGACUCCAACGACUACCCACCACUGCUCCUGAACAACUUCCUGGAGUGCACGUACAACGUGACCGUCUACACUGGCUACGGGGUGGAGCUCCAGGUGAAGAGCGUGAACCUAUCAGAGGGGGAGCUACUCUCCAUCCGAGGGGUGGACGGCCCCACCCUGACAGUCUUGGCCAACCAGACACUCCUGGUGGAAGGGCAGGUAAUCCGCAGCCCCACCAACACGAUCUCCAUCUACUUCCGGACCUUCCAGGAGGACGGCCUUGGCACCUUCCAGCUGCACUACCAGGCCUUCAUGCUGAGCUGCAACUUUCCCCGUCGGCCCGACUUUGGGGAUGUCACUGUGAUGGACCUGCACUCGGGUGGGGUGGCCCACUUCCACUGCCACCUGGGCUAUGAGCUCCAGGGCACCAAGACACUGACGUGCAUCAACGCUUCCAAGCCCCACUGGAGCAGCCCGGAGCCCAUCUGCUCAGCCCCCUGUGGAGGGGCAGUGCACAAUGCCACCAUUGGCCGUGUCCUCUCCCCGAGUUACCCUGGAAACACCAAUGGCAGCCAGGUCUGCGUGUGGACCAUCGAAGCCCCAGAGGGCCAGAAACUGCAUCUGCACUUUGAGAGGUUGUCGCUGAAUGAGAAGGACAGAAUGGUGGUCUACAGUGGGCGAACCAACAAGUCAGCUCUUCUCUAUGACUCCCUUCAAACUGAGAGCGUCCCCUUCGAGGGCCUCCUGAGUGACGGUAACACCAUCAACAUCGAGUUCACAUCUGACCAGGCCCGGGUGACCUCAGUCUUCAACAUCCGAUUUGAAGCUUUCGAGAAAGGCCACUGCUAUGAGCCCUACAUUCAGAAUGGGAACUUCACCACAUCUGACCUGACCUAUAACAUCGGGACCAUAGUGGAGUUCACCUGUGACCCCGGCCACUCUCUGGAGCAGGGCCCGGCCAUCAUCGAGUGCAUCAAUGUCCGGGACCCUUACUGGAAUGACACAGAGCCCCUGUGCAGAGCCAUGUGUGGUGGGGAGCUCUCUGCCGUGGCUGGAGUAGUGCUGUCCCCAAACUGGCCAGAGCCCUAUGUGGAAGGUGAAGAUUGUGUCUGGAAGAUCCACGUGGGGGAGGAGAAACGGAUCUUCUUGGAUAUCCAACUCCUGAACCUGAGCAACAGCGACAUCCUGACCAUAUACGAUGGUGACGAGGUCAUGCCUCAUAUCCUGGGGCAGUACCUUGGGAACAGUGGCCCCCAGAAGCUGUACUCCUCCACACCAGACCUAACCAUCCAAUUCCACUCAGACCCAGCUGGCCUCAUCUUUGGGAAGGGCCAGGGAUUUAUCAUGAACUACAUAGAGGUGUCAAGAAACGACUCCUGCUCAGAUUUGCCCGAGAUCCAGAAUGGCUGGAAAACCACUUCUCACACGGAGCUUGUGAGGGGAGCCAGAAUCACCUACCAGUGUGACCCCGGCUAUGACAUCGUGGGGAGCGACACCCUCACCUGCCAGUGGGACCUCAGCUGGAGCAGUGACCCCCCAUUUUGUGAGAAAAUUAUGUACUGCACCGACCCCGGAGAGGUGGACCACUCGACCCGCUUGAUUUCCGAUCCUGUGCUGCUGGUGGGCACCACCAUCCAAUACACCUGCAAUCCUGGCUUUGUACUUGAAGGGAGUUCUCUUCUGACCUGCUACAGCCGGGAAACUGGCACCCCCAUCUGGACGUCUCGUCUGCCCCACUGUGUCUCCGAGGAGUCUCUGGCUUGUGACAACCCAGGGUUGCCUGAAAACGGGUACCAAAUCCUGUACAAGCGACUCUACCUGCCAGGAGAGUCCCUGACCUUCAUGUGUUACGAAGGCUUCGAGCUCAUGGGCGAAGUGACCAUCCGCUGUAUCCUAGGACAGCCGUCCCACUGGAACGGACCCCUGCCUGUUUGCAAAGUUAAUCAAGACAGCUUCGAACAUGCUUUAGAAGCAGAAGCGGCAGCUGAGACAUCCCUGGAAGGCGGAAACAUGGCUCUGGCUAUCUUCAUUCCCGUCCUCAUCAUCUCGUUACUGUUGGGAGGAGCCUACAUUUACAUCACCAGAUGCCGCUAUUACUCCAACCUCCGCCUGCCCCUGAUGUACUCACACCCCUACAGCCAGAUCACGGUCGAAACCGAGUUUGACAACCCCAUUUACGAGACAGGGGUGAGUUGGUCUUUAUUCUCUCUCUGGCGGCCCCCGCCCCGCGGCGGCGCCGCGCGCGGCAUUGUGGGAGUUGUGGUCCCCGCCUCCCGCGGAGCGCAGCGCGGCGUCUGCACCGGCGGGCGCACUGGUUCGAGCUGGACUCCGGCAGCGUGGGCCGGGCAGCAGCUGGCCGUGGCUCCGCGACACGGGCAGGGGGCGUCCGCGCGUCCACGUCUCCGGCCGUCCGUGUCGCCCCGGCCUCUGCAUCAGCCUCCGUCUCCCGCGCACCCGGGCGCAGGUAAGCAGCGGCUCCGGGGGUGGCCGGGGCGGGAAGGCGGCGGCGCCGGACCAGGCGGACUAGGCGGUGGCGGAGCCCAGCGGCUGCAGGCCCGCAUCGUCCCCAUCCAGCAGCGCCGCGCCGAGGAUGCUCCGGGACGCCGGCGCCCUGCAUCCCGGACCGGCCAGGGGCCCUGCAGCGAAGCGCUCUAUAAGGGCAGAGCGCCGCCGCCUUCGCUGUGCUCGCGGUCAGGGCCGGGCAUCUCCCGCCCCUUUGCAUCCCAUCCUCCUCCGCUUUGCCCCAUCGCGAUCGUCUCCCCGUCCCACGAGGUAACGCCCCCUCCUCCCCUAGUCACCCUCCUGUUCGGAGAGCCACCCGAAUGCUGUCUUUGGAGAAGUACUGAUCAUUCCUGCCAGCUAGGCCAGUUUGUGGGCAAGAGGCAGAGCCCCAUGCCACGGAAGCCGGAGCUGAAUGAGCUGAGCGGGGAGGCGCGAGACAGGAAGCAGGGGGCUGUCACGCCGCAGGCCAGGGCCGUUUUUCUGUUGUACCGCCGCUGCCUCCUCUUCGAUGAUUCUUUCCUGCACACGGCGUUCCACGAAGGCUCAGCGGAGGAUGGUCCCCGGGUGGUUUUCAUGGUGGAUUUGUGGCACCCAAACGUCGCAGCAGCCGAACGGCAGGCCCUUGACUUCAUCUUUGCUCCAGGACGAUGA